AAAUAAUAAUAUUUAUCAGCUGACGAAAAAUGUUAGGAUACAUGAAAAUUAAGAUGAAGGAGAUAAAAAUACAUUUUUUAUCAUUAUUCUACAAUUCUCACAUAUCGAAAGAUUACAUUUUUGAUACAUUAAUUCAGCCAGCUUUUAUGUUCGUUGAUGCCUUCGCUUCCUUGCUCGGACCUUUCUUUGUUCUUCUAGUCACAUUUCUCACUGUCUCUGUAAUAUUUAUAGCUUUUUGGAUAGGGUUACCCUACUACAUAGAACACAAACAUUUUCUUCAGACUGCAUGUUUGCUUGUUUUUGGGCACUAUCUGAUGAUGAAUAUAAUAUUCAAUUAUUGGCUGGCUCUUACUACCCAACCUGGAGUACCUCCAACAGAUAAAAUAUUAACAGAGGUUGUAUCUAUCUGUAAGAAGUGUAUUGCUCCAAAGCCUCCAAGAACCCAUCACUGUAGUGUGUGCAACAAAUNUGUCUUUCACCCCAACCUUUUUUUUCUUUGGUUAAAUAAUUGUGUUGGACACUUCAACCACCGUUACUUCUUCUUGUACAUGGUGUACAUGGUGGUAGGAUGUGCUUUUAUUAUGCUCUUUGGAGCAGAGAUACUUGCAGACCAGUUCUUUUACAGGUGGGAAACUGAUGAACCGGGCUUCCUGAAAUUCAGCCGAAAAACUCUUGUUCUCUAUGAAUCCUUCUUUACUACGAGUUGUUUUUUCUGUCUGGGAGCUCUUUGUUUAUGGCACGCCAGACUUAUUCAUAAUGGACAGACGUCAAUAGAGGCACAUAUUAACACUGCUGAGACACGACGGUUGGCUGAGCUCGGCAGAGUUUAUAAAAAUCCAUACAACUUCGGGCACACACAUAAUUGGUAUUUAUUCUUAGGUUUAGUGAAUGGACGAGGAUGGUUAACUGUUCUUUUCCCUUCGGUCUACACUCCUCCUAGAGAUGGGCUCAGUUGGGACUCGGUCCAUUCCUGUAGUAUAGACUGGACUUAUGGUCCAUUUAAGAAGUCCUCAGACUGAAGGGACUCGGUCAACAUCGCUAGUUAUGUUAUAUUCCAAAAAAUUAUUAAACGUUUUUCAUUGAUC